UAAAUGUUGCUUUGAUUACAGGUGAUAAAAAAUGGCUGAAAAUGGAGACAGUGAAAAUAUGUCUGAUUUGGAAAAGAAGAUCUGUCAGCAGAUUGAGUACUAUUUUGGCGAUCACAACUUACCACAAGACAAGUUUCUUCAGGAGAAGAUCAAAUUGGAUGAUGGAUGGGUAACUUUAGAAACAAUAAUCAAAUUCAACAGGUUAAAUCGUCUUACAACAGACUUUGAUGUAAUAGUGGGGGCAUUAAAAAAAUCAAAGAGUGAGCUUAUGGAAGUUAGCGAGGACAAGACUAAAAUCCGAAGAUCUCCAAGCAAACCAUUACCUGAAAUAACGGAACAAUAUAAGAAUGCAGUUAAAAGCAGAUCUGUGUAUAUUAAAGGGUUCCCACUAGAUGCAACCUUAGAUGAUAUCAAAGAGUGGAUGGACUCUAAAGGCAAAGUAGAAAGCAUUCAGAUGAGGAGAACACUUCAGAAAACUUUUAAGGGAUCAGUAUUUGCAGUAUUUGAUAGUGUCGAAACGGCCAAGGCAUUUGUUGAGACUCCAAACCAAAAGUACAGUGACACAGAACUACUUGUGCUGUUCAGGGAUGAUUACUUUGCAAAGAAGAAUGAGGAGAAGAAACGGAACAGAUUGGAAGCGAAAGCGAGGGCCAAACAGGAAAAGGAAGAGAAACAGAAGCUAGCUGAGGAUGCUGAAAUGAAAUCUCUGGAGGAGAAACAGGGAUGGGUGCUGAAAUUCUCUGGAGACCUGGAAGAUCAGACCUGUCGAGAAGACCUCCAUGCUAUUUUUUCCAAUCAUGGUGAAAUUAAAUGGAUAGACUUUGUCCGAGGUGCAAAAGAGGGAAUUAUCCUGUUCAAGAGCAGUGCGAAAGAAGUGCUGGAAAAAGCCAAGGAAGCCAAUGAUGGGAAUCUGCAACUGCGAGACAAAGAUGUGACCUGGGAGGUGCUUGAAGGCGAUGAAGCAAAAGAGGCAUUGAAGAAAAUAAUGGAGGGGCAGCAAAAAUCAUUUAACAAAAAGAAAGGAAAAGGAGGCCGUAAAGGUAAAGGAAAAGGCGGCAAGGGGCCACAAGCUGCGCAGGAUAGAAAAGUGAAAUUCCAAGGCAAGAAAACAAAAUUUGAGAGUGAAGAUGAAGAGGAGGGUGAAGACAAUGGUACAAAAGGGCCAGCAAGUCCUAAGAAAAGGCCACUGGAAGAUGCAAAGCAAGAAGAGCCUGCCCCCAAACAGCUGAAAACGGAGAAUGGAGAUGGAGACAAGGAGUAGGACCACUACUACAAGAAUUUUAAAGCAUUUUUUAUUCUUUCAAAGACGUUUUAAAUCAUUCCUCCAUCCAUCUUUUUUCCACAAGAGAAUCUGAUAAAAUCAACUUCGAUGUCUACCUGCAAAAUGCAAAGAAGAACAUUUCUGAGAUUAUUUCCUUGGGAUGCUUGCCUAUUUGAACAUUCAUUUUUUUGAGAAUUAGUUUUAUAGCUGGGCUAAAAGGAAAGGCUCAGCAAACUGAACCACUCUUAACUCAGCAGUCUGCAAACAGUGUAUGAAAUAGUGCAUAUACCAAAUAAGCUCCAGCCUCUUGGGUGGUAGAACUCAAUGAACGAUUGUGUUAAGCUACAAAAGGGGAGCAGUGAAUCUCUCCUGUUGUAUCACCACCGUGAGUUUUAUGGAUGAACAAUGGGCUAGGCAGGAAGUAAAGCAGUUGUGUACAGUUAUCUUGUUCACAGUUCGGUUUUGAACUGCAAUGAUGUCUUCAUGUGUUUUCUUUGUACGAUAAUAACAAAAGGCGUCUCACUCUGUUUAUGGAGAAACAACAUGCGGCUUUUCUUCUGUUAGUAAAUAGAGGCAUAAUACUCUGCUUCUCCGGAAAUGUUGAAGUUACUCAGCCUUAGCUUUCUUAGGAUGAAAAUUCAUGCAUACAUGCUCUUGAUACAGUAAACUCCAAAACAGUGGAGUUGUCGUAAUAGCACUCUUCUGAAAAUGCUAGAUUUGAUACCCAAAAUAAAUUGCUUAUUUACAACUCUG